UUAUUUAAUGGCGAAGUUCUACAAAUUUGUACAAGCUGAUUGUUAAGGCAAAGUCGAAAAGUUCAACUUCCUCUUCAACAGCAAAAAUAAAAACCUUACGCCGAUGGCUGGUCGUUACGAUAAAAAUCCUUUCGACGAAGAAGAAGAAGAAGUUAAUCCUUUCGCUGAUACAGCAGCGAAAGGGAAGGCACCUGGCCAGUCUAAAUUUGGCGGAGGUCUAUUUUCAUCGCGUACUCCGAGUGUUCCACCUGCCUCACUUUCACCGCUACCUCCAGAACCCGCCGGUUUCAGUUAUGACCGAGAGCCAACAAUUGAUAUUCCUCUUGAUACAGCUUCACGAGGAUCACGUAAUCAGGAUUUAAAGAAGAAAGAGAAGGAACUCCAGGCUAAGGAAGCUGAACUGAGAAGGCGUGAACAAGAAGUGAGGCGGAAAGAAGAAGCAGUGGCAAGAGCUGGAAUUGUUGUGGAAGAGAAAAAUUGGCCACCAUUUUUUCCAAUCAUUCAUCAUGAUAUUGCCAAUGAAAUUCCAAUUCAUCUACAAAGAUUGCAGUAUGUUGCAUUUUCGACAUUCUUAGGAUUGGUUCUCUGUCUUCUAUGGAACAUCAUAGCUGUUACUACAGCGUGGAUCAAAGGGGAAGGUGCUAGGAUCUGGUUGUUGUCGAUCAUUUACUUCGUAGCAGGAGUACCAGGAGCCUAUGUAUUGUGGUAUCGCCCACUGUAUCGUGCUUUUAGGAAUGAGAGUGCUUUGAAGUUUGGAUGGUUCUUCAUGUUUUAUUUGCUUCACAUUGGCUUUUGCAUCUUUGCCGCUGUAGCACCCCCGGUAGUUUUUAGAGGGAAAUCACUCACUGGAAUCCUACCUGCAGUUGAUCUUAUUAGCCAUGCUUUGGUCGGGAUCUUCUACUUCAUUGGUUUCGGAUUAUUCUGUCUUGAAUCAGUUGUAAGCAUCUGGGUUAUCCAGCAAGUAUACAUGUAUUUCCGUGGGAGCGGUAAAGCUGCUGAGCUGAAACGUGAAGCUGCAAGAGGUGUUAUGAGGGCUGCCAUCUAACAACAUCCACAGACUUGGCAGCAAUGAGAUAUCAGUAACCUCGUGUUGCUUCUGGUUAUAUGCACGCUUUGCCAUUGAAGGAUAGAAUUGAGCUUGUUAUAUGUAUAUAUCCUUGCUUUUGUUGCACAUAUCUUUGUAACUUGUUUUCCGAUGCUAUUUUCUGUAAAGUUUUUUAAUCAAGUGUGGAGUAUGAUAAGCAGACACCUUGUAUAAAAGAUAUUUUCAUGUAUGAACUGAUAAUAUAUAGUUUGGA